GCUUUCUUCAUUCAAAAUCUUGCCCACAAAUAUAGCUAAAGAAGGAAUACACAAUGGUAGAUACAUUGACUGAAUUAUGCUCCAAGCUUGCUGGAUUGAUGUUCAUUUUGGGCACAAUUCAGCAACUUGUUCCCCAUUCAUUCUACAAGCGCAUCAAAUCCUUGUGGCAUCGACUCGAAAACUAUUUCUACCCCUAUGUCCACAUUACCAUCGAUGAAUUCUCCGAUGAUAAAAGAAAUGAAGUCUACAAACUUGUCAAAGCUUAUUUGGGUACUAAGUCCAAUAAGGAUGCAAAGUAUCUCAAAGCUGAGAAGUUCAAGAAGAGCAAGUCUUUAGCUGUUAGCUUGGAUGAUGGUGAAGAGGUCAUUGAUAAAUUUCAAGGUGCCAAACUCUGUUGGCGCUCUUACAAGGAAACAUUCCCUGAUAAUUCUCCAGGGGCCCGUUCUCAGCUUCCGAUUGAAAAGAAAUGUUACACGCUAACUUUCAAUAAAAAACAUCAAGACUUGGUCACUGGACAAUACUUGAAGCAUGUGAUGGAAGAAGGCAAGGCCAUUGAGUUCAAGAACAAGAAACAGAGGAUUUACUCUAAUGACAAUGGGUAUUCGAAUUGGUAUGGCAUGUGGAACCACAUCAAUUUCGAGCAUCCUGCAACAUUUGAUACUCUCGCUAUGGACCCUAAGAAGAAGGAGGAAAUAAUCAAUGAUCUCGUUGCUUUUAGCAAGGGGAAGGACUAUUAUUCCAAGGUCGGAAAGGCUUGGAAGCGUGGCUAUCUUCUUUAUGGUCCACCAGGAACUGGAAAAUCAACUAUGAUUGCAGCAAUUGCGAACUUCUUGAACUAUGACAUAUAUGAUCUUGAGCUCACAUCAGUUAAUAGUAACUCCAUGCUUAAGAAGUUGCUCAUGGAAACAACAAGCAAGUCCAUCAUUGUUAUUGAAGACAUUGAUUGCUCUAUAGAUCUCACAGGCAAGAGAAAGAAUAAGAAGAAGAAAAAUAAGGAAACGACAAAAGAUGAGGAGGAAGCAAGUGGAAAUAAGGAAUCAGACAAACUUACACUUUCGGGGCUGUUGAAUUUCAUAGAUGGAAUAUGGUCAGCUUGUGGUCAAGAGAGGAUCAUUAUAUUUACGACUAAUCAUGUGGACAAACUUGAUCCAGCUCUAAUACGUAGAGGACGGAUGGAUAUGCACAUUGAGAUGUCAUAUUGCAGAUACGAAGUAUUCAAGGUGUUGGCUAAGAAUUACUUGGGCAUUGAAACACACCCUUUGUUUCAACAGAUUCAACGUCUAAUAGAGGAAGUAGACGUGAGUCCUUGUGAUGUGGCCGAGAACUUGAUGCCUAAAAAUGCUUCAGGAAGGCCUGAGGUUUGCUUGGAGAGCUUGAUCCAAGUUUUGAACAAGGCCAAGAAAAAGGCCAGCUUGAAUUCCCAGAAGAACAAAAAGUUACCCACAAAAUUACUCAAAAACUUGUGGCCAUCUAAAAAUGUUGUUUGAAUGAUGUUAUCAUGUUUAAUCAGGCUUUCCUACUCUUCUUUAUGGUAGGCUUUUUCCAUGUAUACUGUCCAUUUUGAUUCUUAGCAAAAAUAAGAUGUUGUACUCUUCCUUCUCUA